UUAUGGGGACAUUGGCGCCAGUUUAAAUACAUUAAUUUUAUAAAUUGAUAAGUGUAAUUUGUAAGAUAUAUCUCAGAAUAAAAGGUACUCCUAGGACAGUCCUCAUCCAGAACAGUUCUUUGGUGUACAAGCAUGAAGUUAAUACUAUUAAUUGUCAUAAUACAACAAUCACUGGCAUUUGAUUUGCCUGCAACUGGUUGUUGCGCAGAUAUAAAGAUCAAUAACGAUCAUUUCAAUAUAACGGAUACUUACCACACGGGGGACGCAUACCCCACAGACGCUCAUUACGAUGUUUAUGGCAAUUUAUUUUAUGUGGAAUCUGGUAAAGACGACAAAGGGUUCUAUUUCGACGUCAAGGUGAUUAAAUUUAAAACUACUUCUCCGGAAAAAAUUACUGGUUUACCCGAAGGCACCAGUUACUCGGUUGCGAUCGACAAGAAAAACACCAAAGUAUACUUUGGCACUAGACGAGGUAUAUUCACAUACGACUAUGAAACACAUAACGCAACACCCGUCUCCGAAUCUACAUUGAAACUGGAUAUGAUAUUCGUCGACAAAGACGGAAAUCAGUAUAUUACGGAGAGCAACAAUGGAGUUGAAGAGUUAUUCCUACUUGAUGGAAAAAAGAAAAUUCGAUUCCAUACUCUUGAAGCUCUAAACGAACUUGGCAUUGAUGAUAAGAACAAUUUCUAUUAUAUAAAAGAGGAGCGGUUGUAUGUACUGAAGAACGAUUUAUCUUCACCAGUAUAUAUCGGUAACAUUACUUAUGACGGUUUGGCUCAAAUUUCUUUCCAUAAAGAACAUGUGUUCGUCGCUAGUGAUGAUUUGAUAUAUUUCCAUGAAAAAGACAUUGGCAAACUGGUGACUGUGGCUAAUGUACCUGGUAAGGUAACAGCUGUAGCUUUUGACAACAUUGGAAACUUUGUAAUUGGAAUCAAAGGAAAAAUACUGAAGUACAAGAAGAAUGUUUGCUAUCAUAGAGAAAACGAUAAUCAAAACAUGGACGGAAAUGAUAAUCAAGACGUGGUUCUUAGUAAUAACAUAAACAUGAAUGAGAAGCCAGGCAUGAACUGAAACAUGUCUGAUUUUAUCAGUAGACGAGCCAUGUAAAAAUUAAAUAUAGUUGCAUACUUUAACAAUACUUUUAUUACUAAAAAUAAAUUACCUAAUUUAAAAUUACAACCCAAAGUAGCAAAUUGAAGCAUUUUUAAAACAGAAUAAUAUCAAGGUGGUGUCAGUGGUAUAUUACGGUUCUGUUUUCACAUAAAGUUUUGCACGUUAUGUUCAAGUAUUAGUUUUCCACCUUAAAGGUCAGGCCACACAGUCGGGGGGGCCCGGACCGCAGACGUGACACGCAGCAGUCCUACGCGUAGUUACUACUCCUGCUUAGAUUUUAAAGAAAGCAUCAUAUCGCUGUCAGAUAAAAUCAGAAACAAAAAACUGCUUUUAUUACCGUUACGGAAGCAACGCAAAAGAAAUUUUAUUUAUGUAUUUAUUUGAUUAUAGACGCUAGUCUACGCUAAGCUACUAAGCUUUCGCUGGUAUGUCUACAUCAGUGUUGAAAUUUAUAUCGUUUCUUUUAGUUCGCUUUAUUUCGAUCGAAUUAACAUUGAAACUUGAUAAAAAAAACAUA